AUGGAUAGUAAAUCUGAAGAGAGGACUAAGGAACACUGCAUUAAUUCGGGCCACAAACUCAACAAGGAGUUACAAGACAAGUUGGAAGCCCUGAAAUCCAGUCCUAAGCCCCCUGAAGACGAACCAGUACCGAAGAAGUUUGAUGACGAAGGUUGUUAUGGGUACUUCCUCAAGAUCGAUGAGCAAACUCAGGAACACGAGCUCGAGGAUUCUGCAACUUUCAAUGAUAUGUGCGAGGCUCUGGAGUUAGACAAAUCUACCCCCCUUCGCCGCACAAGAGUUUGGUCUUGUAAAUCCAAAACGCAUUAUGAUUAUCUUAACUAUGCUGAUCAUGAUGCCACCUUCCCGGAAGGCAUCGCACUGGUGACCGAGAACUUCUUUUCAGACGAUGGGAUCAUUGUUGUGAGUAAUAAAUAUAUGAAAACAGCGCAUCCGAUACCUGGUGAUCUCAGAAUCGAACACUGGAGUCAUUUAUCAAUCCAGGUAAUCAAGAAGGUAUAUUCAGCAGAGUCAAGCGUCCCGGAUUUCCGUUUUAUUCUCAGCGAUCAUAUCGUCAAUACCGAUACGAAGAAACGUAUUGAUAACGCAUAUCCGGAUCCGGAAGCCAAAGUUCCAAAGGGAAAAGUGACCCUUGAUCCGUUGAACGAAGCCGAUAGCAAUACAUUCGAUUCCAUUCUGGGUACUGCGAACGGGGUAGGGGUCGCUUAUCUGUUGAAGGAUUAUCCAAAGACAUUCAGGAUGAAGAUCACAAAAAAUCCAUACCUUGAAGCUAAUAGAUCCCAAUGA